GUUACAAAAUAAAUUUUCAUUUUUAGAAAACUAAAAAUUGUUGAAAAUAUGCCAUUGGUUACAGUUUUGGAAAUGUAAUUUUGUAACCGUCAUGUCCGUCUGUCUGUCCGUCUGUCUGUCCGUCCGAUCAUUUUACGAUAACUUUCGUUAAACUCGGCCUAGCGACUUUAAAUUUGGUAUACAUGUAGUAUGUGACAAAUGAGGAGUUAAGUUUGAAGAUGGGCGAAAUCAAUUAAGUGGUUGACCUGUGGUGGUCAUCUGGGUGGGUGGAGUAUUUCAAAAUCCUCGUUGAAAGCUGUAAACUGGCAUUGAGAUUUCUAAUGGUGUCUAAUUGAAGAAUAUGAAUUUAAAUUGGGAAAAUUUCCGACUGGAGGGACCCGAUACCAUACCGAUUUUUGAAAAUUAUCCAUCGAGCUGAAAUUAGUGCAGAGAUUGCUAAUGGCCCCUGAUGAAAGAAUAUGAAUUGAAAUUGGUACCAUUUUUAUGUGGAGGGACCUUUAAGGGGGUGACCCAUAUCGAUUUUCAAAAAUUGUAUUAAAAAGAUGAAAUUAGACACUCGUAGAAGACUGAAAUUUGGCACGACCCCGUGGGGUCGUCUGACUAAAGUUUAGAAGCUGACACUGACCCUGACUCGGGCUAAACAAUCGCUGCACACUGGGAUUUCAAAUUUAAUUUUCGAAAUAGUACCCUCGAGAUUUUGAUCUUAAAAAAUCAAGCUAAAAAUUACGAUGAUUUCAUCUUAACGAAUUAAAUCUCUAUGUCUGCCCAUUCAAAAGUUAUUAAAGGUCAAAGUCGUUGGUACACACGACCAUGGGACGUGUACCAACGAUUUAAAAAAUAAUUAUUUUAUUUGUAACUCCACCAUUUGUCGCAACCGUUAAAAGACACAAGAGUUACCUAGAUACUAAAUGUCAAGCAAUCGUGCCUACCUGCCGUACAUAUUUUUCUUCGAAUUUGUCAUUUUAUAAAGUCAUUUAUGACAUAAGUAAUAUCAACGCCCAGGAAAAAAGAGAUUUAGAAGAAUGUCAAACACUUCGUCGGAUGGAGACGAGCAUUGUGCAAAAUGCAAUGGGAUUCGGAAAGACUCUUCAUCAUCACACCUGCUGAACCCUGCUCCAAAACCUACAAACCCAAAUACCUGUGUUGAAAUAAAGACCAUGACUGCCGACAUGACUUCUCAAGAACCAGCGAAAACAACUUUGCCACAUACAUUUCCUGAUAUUGAUCGUAUGCCUCAAGGCGACAUCCCCAAGGACUCUCUGCUAAAGAACAUUCCACAUUCGGAAGUCCCCUCCGCCUUGAGAAAUAGACGGAAAGUUUCAAAGUGCGAUCGAACUUCAGCUUUUCCUUUAGUCUCGGAUGAAGAUCGAGCAGUGAUAUCAUCCCUACGUCUCAAUUUGGAGACGAUCCAAAAAGAAAUGCUAACAAAUAAGCCCGGUUUGAGUCCUUGGCAGACAAUACUAAUGUCGAUAGUCUUCGUUGGUUUGACUCUGUACUGUGUCAAUAUUUCCGGAAGGAUGCGCUCAAUGGAAAUUGAGAUUGAUAAAAUGAAGCAGGAAGUACUGAAAUUGAGGUACAACGUCAGUGUCGUCCUGGAUCCUCCAAAACAAACCAAAGCUGGCUGGUUUGACUAUGCGAGAUGGGAUAUGACAGGAAUCGGGCAGAUUUACUCAUCAAACGGUGGUCAUGAACACGUAGAUAUAAAUCGUACAACUUCAAAUUAUGAAAACCCAACUGCCAUUUCCUCUCGGGGUUCGUGGUAUCAGAGUAUCAUCCAAGUCUUGUCUGGGUGGAAGAGCUUAUCGAACCUAACCGAGACAUUUGGUUACGUAUAACAAAGAGGAAUUGACUAAGUUAACCUUCUUUUCGAGCUUCUCACAUUGUUAGGAUAAAAUUCGUCGACACAAAGAAAGAAAUCAUUUAAACGCAUACGUACAUCUUGUUUUACAUUAUUCGUAUAUGCUAAAAACGUCUCCACAUAGCUGAUUCGCUCAACUUUGAUUUAUGAACAAAUACAUUUAAAGUAUUGCAGCAA